CCGGAAGGCUCGCGCCGCUCCGCUCUUGUCACCGGAAGCCGCUGUUGUUGACUCUUCGACAGGCUACAAUGGCGGCUGACUUGAGGCAGGAGCUGGCUCAGCUGAUGAAUUCAACUGGCUCUCACAAAGAUCUUGCUGCCAAAUAUCGCCAAAUUUUGGAGAAAGCCAUUCAGUUUACAGAUGCAGAGCAACUGGAAUCCUUGAAGGCCUUUGUUGAAGCAAUGGUCAAUGAAAACGUCAGUCUUGUCAUCUCGAGACAACUGCUCACUGAUUUCUGUACACACCUGCCCAACCUGCCCGACGCCACAGCCAAAGCAGUGUAUCACUUCACCUUGGAAAAGAUUCAGCCAAGGGUCAUCUCCUUUGAGGAACAGGUAGCCUCAAUCAGACAGCACUUAGCAACCAUUUAUGAAAAGGAGGGAGACUGGAGAAAUGCUGCCCAGGUUUUAGUUGGUAUUCCCCUAGAAACAGGACAGAAGCAGUACAAUGUCGACUAUAAGUUGGAUACGUACCUGAAAAUUGCCCGCCUGUACUUAGAGGAUGAUGAUCCAGUGCAGGCAGAGGCCUACAUCAACAGAGCGUCAUUGCUUCAGAAUGAAUCCUCCAAUGAACAGCUGCAGAUUCACUAUAAGGUGUGCUACGCCAGAGUCCUAGACUUCAGGAGGAAGUUCAUUGAAGCUGCACAAAGAUAUAACGAGCUGUCUUAUAAGUCAAUAGUCCAUGAGACUGAGCGUCUGGAGGCACUGAAACACGCCCUAAACUGUACCAUACUGGCCUCUGCAGGCCAGCAGCGUUCCCGAAUGUUGGCCACUCUCUUUAAGGAUGAGCGCUGUCAGCAGCUGGCUGCCUACGGUAUUCUGGAGAAGAUGUACCUUGACCGGAUCAUCAGAGGGAAUCAGCUGCAGGAGUUCGCUGCCAUGCUGAUGCCUCACCAGAAAGCCACCACAGCGGACGGCUCCAGUAUUCUUGACCGAGCUGUGAUCGAACACAACCUGCUGUCUGCUAGCAAACUCUACAACAACAUCACGUUUGAAGAACUAGGAGCGCUGCUGGAAAUCCCCCCAGCAAAGGCUGAGAAAAUCGCCUCCCAGAUGAUCACUGAAGGACGCAUGAAUGGUUUCAUCGACCAGAUAGACAGCAUCGUACAUUUUGAGACCCGAGAAGCCCUUCCUACCUGGGACAAACAGAUCCAGUCUCUGUGUUUCCAAGUCAACAACCUUCUAGAAAAGAUCCGUUCGGCUGCUCCAGAGUGGGCUGCACAGGCCAUGGAGACCCAGAUGACCCAGUAAACAUCCCCACACCAAAAAUAUCUUCUAAACUGUUUCCUCCUCAGCUAAAGUGCUGUCUUCCU